AUGUUGAAAUAUUUUAAGAAAGAUCAUUAUUCAUAUUUAACGAGUGGCAGGAAAAAAUCAUUUAUGGUAGAAAAAGAUGUUAAAACGAGUAAAAAGUUUGUUACAAGGGAAGAAUUGAAACACAUUUUCAUCUUAGACACUGCAGAUAGUACAGCAGGGUUAUGCAUAUUGAACAUCUCGUUAUUUCUCCUAGGAGGGUUAACACAAGAAAAAAGCAAAGGGGACAUGGCAACGAAUUUACAAGGAAGUUUGUUUAUUAUAAGUUUGAUGUGUUUUUCUGUUCAAAAGGUUUUCCAAAGAUCUAUUAUAUCCGAUGUUUCAUUUGUUGUACUAUUAUCCUUGUCAUGUAUUUUACCUUUCUUUUUAUUAGAGAUAGAUGAAUCUUUUAAUAGCAUAAUUUUUUUCCUUUUAAGUAUAAUGCUAUAUUUUACCAAGUAUCAUUUAAGAAAUUUAUUUUUACUAGACAGUGUUAUAGUACUGGCAAUAGUUGCAAUAAAUAGUUCGAUAAAUUCAAGUAUAAUAGACAUUUAUAUUUUCCUACUUGUAUUAAAUACUUUUUUCCUAAGUAUAAUAUUUUACAGGUACUUGUACUAUUUUUCUAAGUCUAUAUCCCUUGCCUCAGAUAAUCCCAAAAAUAUGAUGGUAAUGUUUCCUUAUAUAAAUGAGUAUCAACAAAUAUGUUUUGUAAAGCUAGCUGAUAUACUAUUAGAUUUAAAUAAUUAUAUGAGAAUAAAAUGGAACAUAUUUUUCAAUAAUAUACCCAUAAUUAACUUAAAGAAUGAAAAAGAAAUACAAAAUUUAGAAAUACCUUCUACUAGGCUGUCCAAUAAAUUUUAUACUCUAAAGAAUCAAAAAAUUUUCCUUUACUAUCCACCAUAUUAUUGUCUCAAAGCAUUAUAUCAUAAAAAAUUACAUUUACUUUGUUUAUCUACUGAAAGAAAAAAAAAACAAAUUAUGAAAUUACAUUCAAAUUCAAAUAGGAUAAAUUUUUAUUUUCUAAUGGAACUGCUAAAAUUGCAGGGGUGUAAAUCCGACUUGCAUCUUCAUCCUAACGGGGAAAAUCGAACCAACAUAAAAAAUAAACCACAGGGAUCGAAUAGUAAAAACAACAAUUACACACAUAUGAUACAUCCCUACAAUCAGGAUAAAAUACUUUAUUCUAAAGAGAAGAAAGGGAACAUAAAAAAUAAAAAAAGGCAUACGUACAAGGAGGUGCUAUAUCCAGAGAACUUAUGCAUUAACCAGAAAAACAAACGAGAAAUGGAAAAAAUUACAAUGAUGAACAUAAAAAAAAAAGGAGGACGCAAAUUUAGUAAAGAAGAGGGGUACAAGCAUGCCGACGUUUUGCGGUACCCUGAUAACAAUUCUCCUAAGGACAAAAAUGAAAAAGGGAAAAAAGAAGCCAACAGUUGUAGAAGUUACAAAAAAGAAAAAAAGAGUAAAGAAGGGGGAAAAGAGGAUAGUCAACACAAGGGAAAAAAGGACAAACAUGUCUGCAGAAACGAAAAUGGUGUAGCAAAUGGUAUAGCAAAUGGUAUAGCAAAUGGUAUAGCAAAUGACAUGGCAAAUGACAUAAGCCACUAUUUGAAGCAUGAACAUUUUAUACACACUAAAGUAUUUUCCACAAAAUUGAUAGAGGACUCUAUAGAAAAUCUGGCAGGUCGCAAUACGGAUAUUUCAGAAAACAAAAUUCAGAUGGACGAUUUAUUUACUACUUUAAUUAAGACAGAUCCCAUAAAAAUUAACUCUUCUCAUUCAUCAAAAAAGAAAGAAAAAAAUGCAGAAAAUGAUGGAAAAUCCAAACCAUGUGAACAACUCUUUGAAUCAAAAUUUGCUAUCAAUUCUUUGGCACAUCCAGAAAAAAAAAAAAAUAUCAAGCCGAAAGAUGCACUAAAUCGAGGGAACUUCCAAAGUCAGGGGAAGAUCGCACAUUCGCAAGGAAUUAUAAAUAACUACAAAAAGGAAGAAAAGGAAGAAGAAAAAGAAAAAAAGGACCAAGGGAAGAGGAAAGGCGCACAGAAGGAAGUGGGACAAAGGGCAGAGGGGGAGAAAAAAAAAGUAAACAAAUGUACCACACUUCCAGUUAGCAUCAAUUAUGACAAUUUUGAAAAGGAUGAGAAAAAGUUAUAUGUAAAAAAAAAAAAAAAAAUUAGAAAUCAACAAAAGCAUGGUGCAGAAUUAUUUGAAAACAGUGAAAUAGAUAAAGGAGAUAAAGGCAUAGCGCAUAAAGAGAAUGAUUAUAAUCUCUAUAACUGUGGAAAUACGAACAACCCCAUAAUUUCUAAAGAAAAUGCGUAUGAGCGAAAUAAAACAGAAAGCUUUUCUAGUGUAAGUGGUAAUAAUGUGGAUGGUUCAAAUGAGGAAUAUAACAAUAUGCACAUGUUCAUGCUUAAGAAGUCAAAAAAAAAUAAUAAUCAACAAAGUGAAGCUUAUUCUAGAAUAAUAAAAAGUCAACAUAGAACCAAUUCAAAGUUUAACACUUCUGCUUCAAGGAACUCUUAUUGUUAUGAAAGCACAUCUGAUGAAAAACUAAUUUUUAUGAACUUUUCUUGCUUAUUUUAUAUAUGCGCACAGAAAAUUAAAUUCUUAUUAACAUAUAUAGAACAAAUUAAUGUAGUUGUACAAGGAGCUAAUUUCAAACAACGAAUAACACCAAAACAAAAUAAUCUUCUCUCUUUUUUAGAUCAAAAAGUAGAAAGAUACUAUUUAUUAUGGUCAAAUUCUUUUGAUUUAAAUUAUCAUGUGGAAAAUUAUAUAUUCCAUAUAAUACUGAUAUUAAUUCUACACCUCUCUUGCAUACUCCUAAGAGUAGCUCCCAUACACAUGAGUCAGUUGUAUUCUCUAUUCAAAAUUCCCAGCUUCCUAACAAUUUUUAUAUCAAGAUUUUUGAUCAUUCUAAUCGUUAUUGCUUUUUUAAUUUCAUCAAUCAUAAAAACUAGAUCUGUUAACCCCACCAAUGUGUUCAGAAUUAAAAUACGCUUCUUCAUUUUGUCGAUUUUUAUUCUCCUCCUGUCAACCUUAGACUACUUGUGGACUAUUUUUCUGGUAUACGAAAAUUUGUGGAUGUUACCAAAGAAUUCUUUACUUGCCCUUCAGAAAGCACACAGCAUCUUUUCCGAAGCUGGAUUUACUUUCGUUGUGCCCAUCUUUUACUUUCUAGUUAUGCAUAGACUAGAAAGUCUGUGGUACAUAUACACUGUAUGGUUACUGCUGAUAAACAUCAUAUACUGGUAUUUUAUAGGAGUUUUAUUGCCCGGCUUAAAGAUGAACAUCUCGUUGAUCACUCUGAUUUCGUUAUGUAUUUUGUUUAUUAUUAGGUUAGUACAGGAAAGACAGAAAUAUUCCGAGCUACCUUUCGAAAUGAUUAAGAGAGAUAUCUUCUGUAGGUGUGUUUUACCUUAUGUACUUUUUCUGGACGAUACCUUGCAUUUUGUUACUAAUGAGAAAGAGCUUAAGUAUUUGCACUAUCAUUUAUAA